AUGAUAUCCGCAACCAAGGCCGGUCCCUCUGCGGCAGCGAGGACCGCUCUCAUGCGAAACCAGCUCCUUUCGCCCAGAAGUGCAAAUGGCGGCGCUAUUGCAUACCGGGGCCUGUUGACCAAGGCUCAACUAUACUCUACAGCCGCUCCUCGGCUCUUUGCUGAUUCCCGACAAAAGAGUGCCAGCUCUGCCACCUUCCUCCAACCUCCCGCCUCUCAGCUAACGUCGUUAUGGGCUACUCUGCCUGCAAGACGCCCAUUCCACGCAGCUGCAACUCGCUGGGAGCAGAAGAAAGAAGCGGAAUCGGGAUCGCAAAGUAAGGAGAGCAAGGAAGGCAAGGAGGGCAAGUCUGAGGACGGCAAGUCUGAGGACAGCAAGCAGGACGAAGCUCCGCCUCCUCCGCCUCACGGAGACAAGACGCCGUGGCAAGUAUUCACGGAUACUCUGCGUUCUGAAUUCAAGAAGUCCAAGGAAUGGAACGAGUCUACCAAGGCUCUGGCCUCUUCUGCUCAUCAGUUUACUGAGAGCGAGUCGGUUAAGAGGGCUCGUGCAGCUUAUGAGGCAGCAUCCGGAGCCGCUACCUCCAAGACAGCUUCCGCAUUGAAGACCACCGGAAAGGCUCUGGGACAAGGUGCCGCGUGGACUUGGGAUACCACUCUCGUCAAGGGAAUCCGGAAGGGAGUCGCUGUUACCGGAAAGGGACUUGACAAGGCCACGCGGCCUGUGAGAGAAACAAAGGCUUACAAGACGGCUGUCGGUGGAGUGAAAGAAGCCAUCGACGACGGUAGCAGUUCUCGCUAUGGUGGAUGGAUUGAGAAGGAGGAGCGCCGCAGACAAAGACAGCUCCGCGAAGAGGCAGAGGCCAAGUCGGGACGCCGGAAAGUCGAAAAGAUGGAGGAAGAUCCAAACGCUGGUACGAGUCUCACGGUUCACAAAGAUGCCGCCUGGAAGGAGUCAUGGCGGCAGUUCCGGGACACUAGCCCUGUGAUGCAGAGGCUUUUCUCCUUGAAGGAGACCUACAACGAAUCUGAGAAUCCCUUGAUCAGCACGGCUCGCAGCAUCUCCGACCGUGUCACCGGAUUCUUUGCAGAGAACGAGACAGCUCGCGUGAUCAAGAAGUUCCGUGAAAUGGACCCCAGUUUCCAACUCGAGCCUUUCCUGAGGGACCUGCGAGAGUACAUCCUUCCGGAGGUCCUGGAUGCUUAUGUCAAGGGAGACGUCGAGACACUCAAACUCUGGCUCUCUGAUGCCCAGUUUCACGUUUAUGCUGCUUUGGCUCAGCAGUAUACCACUGCAGGUCUCAAGUCCGAUGGUCGUAUCCUCGAUAUCCGAAACGUCGACGUCACUCACGCCCGUAUGUUGGAGCCUGGUGAUAUCCCCGUUUUCGUCGUCACAUGCCGUUCUCAAGAAGUCCAUGUUUACCGCAACGCCAAAACCAACGAGCUUGCUGCUGGCAUGGAGGACAAGGUGCAACUUGUUACCUAUGCCAUCGGUAUGACGAGGAUACCUGAAGAUGUGAACAACCCAGAGACGAGAGGAUGGAGAUUGAUCGAGCUGCAGAAGGCUGGAAGAGACUACAUCUAA